GAUAUUAUUGGAUGUCUACAAUGAUAUCUUUUUACAAGAAUAAGUUUUCAUAUAUAACUAUUAAAACGCGUAGACAUGCUCUGGACAAGCGAUUGCAAAUUUGAUGACGUCAUCAAGAUGUCAGCCAUCAUGACAAAGAAGUUAAUUUUAACGUUUUAGGGAAAAACAUUGACAGUUUCAGGGAAAAUCGACAGUAAAGUCUAAAUUAUAUAAGCAGCCCAGUAUCAAUGAGUGAGCUAUCGCCUGAAGAGAUUAGGCAGCGGCGAUUGGCUAGGUUAGGGGGUUUGCAACCUAGUACAAGCCAGUCACCACCUUCCACAGCCUCGACAUCAACCCAGCCAACUGAAUCACUAUGUCAGACAGCUGAUAAUGUGUUAGCAGCAGUUGUGCAAGAUGAACAAUCUGUCAGAGAAGCUCAUUUAAGACCUGCUGGCAUAUUAGAAGAUUCCUCACUAGAACAAGAAAUUGAGAUGUCAUCAGUUGAUGAUAGUGCUAUUUCUGAAAAGUGUGAGGAAAUGUCUGUAGACAGUGCUGCACAGAAUGCCGAACCCCAAGCAAGGGCUGAAAGCUGUGAGAAAAGUGUAUCAUCACAGUUGGAUGUUGACUCAGGAAUAGAAACAAUGGAGGUAGAUGAUGUAGAGAAGCAAGGAACGCCAAAGAGACAUCGGGAGACGAGCACAUCAUCGGAUAUUGGUGAUGAUCAGGUUUUGAUAACCCUGGCGCGAAUAUUCAGGGUGAGCUGGACAGACACUGGCAGCCCUGAUACACUGUGCGUGCUGCAGCUUGCUGAAUCAUUGGCUGAAAAUGCCAAUGAAGAUUAUAAGGAUCGUAUCAACCAGUUUGUGAUGGAAGUGAUGAUAUUGCUGUCAAUAAGUGACAGUAAUCCCCUGGCUGCACUGAAGCCACCAGAAGUCCACAAUGCUAUUGUAUAUGGGACAAGUCCUGUCAAGAGUUAUCUACCUCUUGUUAGCCCCGGUGAUAAUGUCAAGACUAGUGGAAAUGAUGAUAGUGUGUCUAAAUUACCAACUCCUGAAGCUACAGAUACCCAGAUGAUUCGUUAUUUAACGGCGUGCUAUGACAGGGUAGCACUGGAGGAGAGAAUGGCACCACGGCGCACGAGUGUGCCACCACUUAGUGAUAUAUUCAACGAGGUGAGAGGGCAGUGUGUGCGACACACCAUUAUGGUACUUCAAGGACUAUACUGUGGAGAAGAAGUGAGUGCGACGGCAGGAUGCUCUGCAUUGCUGCCACUCGUGCAGGCCUCCAGCCUUCCUCGUGGCUUCCUCCAGGAGCUCAUCUAUGCUACACACCACGACAGGGAGCUGUUCAGGAUGAUAUUUCUGCCAGUUCUGCUUGGUCUGCAGCAAAAGAUUCGUCAGUGUUCUCUAGAUACAGACCAGUUUCGGCAACCACUCACAAUACUUUCUGAGCUGUGUGAGAUCCAGUAUGCACCUACCAAAAUUAGGCCAAUUUGCAAUCUGAUUGUGUCAGAACGAGCACUGUUUGUGCCUGAUAAGAUCACGCAGGCACAUGGCAGAGAACUACAGAAGCUCUCGUUUUUGGGCCCAUUCCUUGAUAUUUCGGUCUAUGCAGAGGACACGACCAAAGUGGUUGACAAAUUCUUCUCGGGGAAUACAUUAACCGGUGAAAACACACAGCUAGCAAACCAAAGCCUGCGACAUGCGUUGGAAUUUGCCAGGCAAGAGCAGUUCAAGAUAAUGCACGCGCUGCUAGUGAAUGGGGAGACCCGUGACGCGACACUCGAUUAUCUUGCCCUUGUCCUGAAGGUCAAUCAAAAGAAAGCUGGUCUGCAGGUGGAUGAGCACGUCGUUUCUGGAGAUGGAUUCUUGCAGAAUGUGUUGUGUGUACUGCAGCUACUAUCUGUGAAGGUCAAGCUAGAUAAGGUCGACCCUUUCUACCCGAAUCAUCCGCACACGGACGUCGACAUCAAGCAGGAGACGAGGAUGAAGAGCAGCUCUCAGGAGGUGGUGACGUGGAUCAAGCAGCUAGAGCCGAGCUCAACGCACAAGUGGCAGGAGCCGAAGUUUCCAACAAAGUGCUACUUCCUAACGCUGCACUGCCACCACCUGUCGCUGCUGCCGCUGUGCCGCAGGUACCGCCGCCGCCUGCGCGCUAUCCGCGAGCUCAACCACAUGGUCGAGGAGAUGCAGAACGCCGAAGCACAGUGGCGCCACGUGCCGCAGAUAGCUGCGAGAAACCGAGAGCUGUUGAAGAGGUGGAAAUCUCAAGGCAAAAGACUAGUAAAGAGUAAAGUGUGCAGUGACACUGCACUUAUGGAUGCCACUUUCCUUCGCCGGUGCCUGCACUUCUACAACUCGCUGUUUACAUUGCUCAUUCGGCUGGUGUCACCCAGAGAAGGGUCUCUUACACCACUGCCAAGUGAGGUACCGAUGGUGUGGGCUGCUCUGCCUGAAUACUUUGUGGAUGAUUUAGCUGAUUUUAUUCUUUUCAUUCUUCAGUAUCAACCUGAGGUGUUGACAGACGUCAGUCCCGACCUUGUCACCUUCCUCGUGCUGUUCGUCUGCAACAGCAACUACUUUGCGAAUCCGUACCUCGUCGCGAAGCUCGUCGAGAUCAUGUUCGUCGUGAACCCGGCCGUUCAGCCGAAGGCAGAGAAGAUCCACGAGCUGAUCGUCGGUCAUCCGCUUAGCGACGGCCUUGCGCCCGCGCUCAUGAAGUUCUACACAGAUAUUGAGACAACAGGAGCAAGUAGUGAGUUUUAUGAUAAGUUCAGCAUUCGCUACCACAUAAGUGUCAUCUUCAAGGGACUGUGGCAGAAUCCUGGCCAUCAGCAAGCAACCAUUCAGGAGUCAGCGUCUGGUAAGCAAUUUGUGAGGUUCGUCAACAUGCUCAUGAACGACACGACAUUCCUCUUGGAUGAGAGCUUGGAUUCGCUAAAAAAGAUCAACGAAAUCCAGUCGAUGAUGGAGAAUAAAGAAGAGUGGGACAAGCAAUCUCGUGUAAGCAGCCGAAACAAUAGAAAUUUACGAUUUCACCGCGUCCCUCGCGGCCUGCACGCCGCGCCACACCUUCUCCGGCGCCUCGUAGCCGGCAGCCCGCCUCCUCGCAUCCAGCACCUGGCGCACGCUCUUCUCGAGCGGCUCGGCGGCGCCCCCUGCCGCUGUCGUGCGCAGUCGCAGGAGGUCGUCGAUGGCGGCCAGCGACGCGGCGAUUGCUGCGGGCGUGCGGUCGCGCUCGUUGUUGCCGACGACAACGAGCGAGAUGCCGGCGGCGACGCGCAGACAGCUGCUGCAGCCGCUGCCGUGCCGACGCUCACCCGCGAAGCAGCUCUGCAGCAGCGCGACGAGCAUCAGCAUGUCGGACGCGUGCAGGCCCGCGGCGCCGCCGCACGAGUACUGCGCGAGCAGCUUGGUGUCGACGACAAGCAGCGCGUGGUGCGCGCUCGCGUCCACGCUCGAGCGCAGCUUGCCGAGCGCGGUCUCGGCGAGCCGCACCGUGCGCGCGCUCAGCGCCUGCUUCGAGCGCAGCCGCUCGACGGCGUCCGCCAUGAACGCCUGCUCGUGCCGCUGCAGGUCGGCCCAGGUCGCGAGCAGCGCGGCAACGAAGCUCCAGCGCUGCCGCCGCUCACUCGUGCGCUCGGGCUUGACGAUGGCGCCGGCGGCGUGGCCGUAGAGGAAGAGCAGUAUGUGGUGGAGCGUGGAGAGCUUGCGCGCGAGGAACGCGUCCGUCUCGUCGCCGUCGCCGUUCGCGGCCAUGUACAGCUGCCCGGAGAACUGCCGGAACGUGAAGAGGAAGUUGUUCUCCGUGCGCAGGCACAUGUACGGCUGCUGCAGCUGCUGCUGCAUGAAGCGGUGCGACACGACCAUGGGGCUGAACAGCUGCAGCAGCACGGUGAGAUCGACCUCUUCGCUCCCCUCGUCCAUCAAUCCCGGGUCCAGCAGCUUCAGCUCUUUCGCUCUCUCGUUGAUGUAAUCAACAAAUUCGUCGUCGCCGUGAAAGAACACGAUGUCAUUGACAUCACUGAAGAUAAACAGCCCUUUCAUCCUUUACCGGUCGUCGCACUCAUCAAUGAAGCCAAACCAAUAUAUUACAAGGCCAGGUCCAAAUCUAUUCCAAUAGCUCCAGAACUGGUCCUUGAGAGGUCUUAUAGGAAGGAGUUAUUUGAUGAUGCAGUGGUUAGGAUGACUAGAUCCUUGAUCAAGACGGAGGCAGAGAUUGCACAGUUCCGCCAUCUUUCAUCGAAAAUAGAUACAAUUUUGAUUGCCAAGUUGAAAAAGGAUAUUGACUACAGUGAUGCCCCAGAUGAAUUCAGAGACCCACUAAUGGAUACCAUUAUGGUAGAUCCAGUUGUGCUGCCACCUAGUGGUACAAUAAUGGAUCGACCCAUAAUACUGAGGCAUCUACUAAAUUCCUCAACAGAUCCAUUUAAUAGACAACCACUCACUGAAGACAUGCUAGAACCCGCUACCGAACUUAAAGAGAAAAUUGUCAACUGGAUGAAGGACAAGGUGGUCAUUUAGGAAAGCUCGUGCACAUGCAUAUUGCAUGGAAAGUCCCACCCUCCCUCGUCCACAAUAGUUAUCUGUAAUUUCCCCAAAUUCCAGUGGAUUGGUCAUCAGUAAUUACUAUGAGAUUGGUUGCCAUUAGCUGGGAUUUGUAUGAAGCACCACCAUGUUGUUUAACCAACGUGUGAUUGUGAGUGAACUCCUUCUGUAACUAUCAACAAAAAACAUUUUUAUCAUGGGAUGUGUAGAUAUACUUAGAUAUACUGACCCCUUUCGUCUGAAGCAUGUUGCAUAGAAUUUUUGUUGUGUUGGGUAUGCAGUAUUGGGUUAAAAUUGUAACAAUCGGAAUGUUGUUCCCUUUUAAUAUAUAUGGAUUGUUACCAGCCGACUGUCCUUUCAAAUGAGUGUUGACAUACAGACAAUUAUUGUACAAACGUAUGGAGUAAUAAGGUAAAUAAUUCAACUUGGAAUGGCAAGGCAGUAAAUACGUUUAUCUAUAAAAAAAGGUAGCACUCAGCUUCACUUCCCUCACGUUAGUUAGUAUCUACUAAAGUAGAGGUAACUACUUGUGUGUAUGCAUGCACCUGUGUAAGUAUACUUUUCUUUGCGCACUUUCUUUCGAAUUUUUUUAUUCAAUUUUUUGAAAAGGGGCAUUCAAGGGGAAGCCCACUGUGCAGCUAUUGCUUGUUGUCUGCCAAUGUGCCGGCACGGUGGGGCUAACAGGGUUAGAAGUGGACGUGAUAAAGGCAGUGGUGAACAUGAUAAGGCCCUCUGUUCGGUACCAUGUAGCACCGCAGGAUCCCACUUGCACCUGAAGAAGCAUAAAGAUACAACGAAACGUUGUGUUCGCUUGGGCGUGAUACCUCUAGGAUACCUUCGUCUUUGCAAUUUAUCUCUAGGAUAGUACGCUUUAAUAUUCGAAGUAGAUGUGCAUAAUUUAUAAUCUCAAUAUUUUUCAGGCCAGUUUUUCAUGUUGCAGCAACACGUAGUUGGUUUCCCGAAUUUUUCUUUUCUGGAUGUGCUAUGUUGCAGCUGUAUCGUAUGUUAACUUAAAUAAAUUAAUUCGAAAAUGUA